UUUCUAUGGGGAACACUAACAGUGUGACACCCAGAAGAUUUAAGAGCUGUUUACUUUCUCCAACAGGUCAAUUUCUGACUGAAUCACGUUAAAUGGAGCUCCAGGAAAAAGUACCCGUAUCGAUAUUUACAGAAGUAGACAAGGACGUCUUUCUCCGAGAGAUUUAUCCAAAGCGCAGACCAGCCGUCCUGAGAGGCGUCCGUCUCGGACCCUGCCUGGAAAAGUGGACGGUUGAUUAUCUUGCACAGAAAGGGGGAGACAAGGAAGUGAAGGUUCACGUGUCCACUGUGCCACAGAUGGACUUCCUGCACAAAAACUUUGUUUACAAGACUCUGCCAUUCAGUGAAUUAGUGAAAAGGGCGUGUGAAAAGAAGCACUCUGACUUCUUCCUGUGUGAGGAUGAGAGCUACUACCUUCGAUCGCUGGGAGAGGACGUGAGAAAGGAACCUGCUGAUCUGAGCAAACAGUUCCCAGACUUGGCCGAAGAUUUUCACAUCCCACAGUUCUUCGCAGCAGAUCAGUUCUUCUCCAGCGUCUUCCGCAUCAGCUCCUGUGGUCUGCAGCUGUGGACGCACUACGACGUGAUGGAUAACCUGCUGGCUCAGGUGACGGGGACAAAGAGAGUGGUUCUCUACGGCCCCCAGGAUGCAUUGCACCUCUACCUGUCAGGUGAUAAAUCAGAAGUCCUGGACAUCGACUCCCCGGACCUCGAACGCUUUCCUGAUUUUGUGAAGGCAAAGAGAUACGAGUGUGUGCUGGAGCCAGGAGAUCUCCUUUUUAUCCCUGCGCUGUGGUUCCAUAACACUGUGGCGCUGCAGUCUGGUGUGGGCGUGAACGUGUUCUGGCGCCAUCUGCCUGCUGACAGCUACGACAAAAAGGACCCGUACGGUAAUAAAGACCCUGUGGCUGCGACCCGAGCCCUUCAGGCACUGGAGAGAGCUCUUCACACUCUGGAUGAACUCCCGGCUGACUAUCGGGACUUUUACGGGCGCCGUAUGAUCCAGCGCAUCCAAAAGCGGACGUGCUGCGACAGUCUGUCAAAUGCGAUGACACAUGAGGACUCUGAAGGCAUGUUACCCGGCAGUCAGUUCACCAAACCCGGAUGAGGGUCCAGAGAAAUGUGGAGGAGCAGGUAAAACAGCUGUGAUGGACUGUGAAAUGUUAAGCUUUUCUUUCUUCAUCUGAGUUUCAUCUCGGAAGUUAAAUUUGAUUUGUGUCUUAGGAUUUUAUCUCAUGCAUUGCAUAAAGACGACAUCUUUUUGGAUGCAUUAUGAAGACUCAAACCGUGUUGAUGCAGUGACAGUUUCAGUCACAGCAACACUCCGGACUUUUUGUUUUAUCGUAGGCUUGUUAAAAAGACAUUUCUGCACAAUUACUAUCACUCACAGCUUGGUGCAAACCAGGUGUUAUAUACCUGUGUUAUUACAAGUCCAUCAAAAUCAAACAUGUUGUGGAAACUUUUUUACAUGCUGUUAGCUGUUAUCUGACUUCAUCAAGCUUCUGUGUACAGUCAAACUGCCUUCCAGGAGAAACAGACAAAUCACACUAAGUUAAAGGAAUGUAACUUUCCAGUUAGCUUUUCUGCACUCUGUGAGCCUCAUUUUCUUAGAAAACCCCACGCUCAGAUCCCUUCGGUGUGUUAAAAGAAAGUGCACAUCAGUCCUUCUUAUUGGUACGUUAAGGUUGGUGAUCUCAUGUAACCGCUGCACAAAAGUGCACUCAGCCAGUGUGUCCAACACGUUAGGAGAGCUCAGGCUAACACCGAAGUCAGCCUACAGUUCACCUCCAUGUUAUUCUUUAUGACGCGCAGAGAGAAAUGUCAUCCAGCAAACAAAAAUGGUGUUAAAUUGACAUCAUUUGACAUUUGACAAAGCUGAAUCUAAAAUACCUUCUAAAGGUUUUUUUUCAAGGUGAAGCUUCUUAAAGGUUUAGAGACACUGAAGACCAGUAACCCACUGAAGAUCAAACACUGGAUUUUAGUCAAUCCUUUUUAUCCCGAGUAAAUACUUGAAUAUUAAAUACUUGAAAAGAUGACUGCAAUGUUGCAUACCCAGAAUUUAUCUUUAACUUGUAUAAUCUCAUAACUAUCAGCCCACUGCUGCUGUGAAGACAAAAAGAUAUUCAAUAGCGUACAUUCAGUUUGUAAAUGUGCUAUAACAAUAGAAUCUUUUGUGUUAAAAUGAAGAAAAUGUGGGACAAUGCGUAAAUAUCCUGUUACAACAUGAAAAGGUUCAUUAAAACUUUUUUCAACUCAU